GGCUGGGUGGCGUGAUGGCGCGGGAUGCCAGGAGAGCCCGGGAGAGACCCAUGGGUCGCAGCGGCAGCAGCUCCACUGACAAGACCGUCAGCGGCGGCAGCGGCGCCGGCCGGCAGCUUGGGCCAGGUGACGAGCGAAUGCAGCUGGGUCGGGAUGAAGACCCGGAUUUGGUGGAGAUCCGGCGUGGAGGUACCGGUACGGCAGAUCCACGGGCUGCGAAUCCACGGGUGGAUCCAGGAACGGGCUUGGAAGACCCGCGGCGCGACUUCAGCCGCGAUCCGGGAGCGGAUCCCAACUACUCGGCGCGGGAGUUGAAGCAGUUUGAUGAGCAGCUGCGGCGGAAGGAGGAGAAGCGGCGGCGGCGCAAGGGGGGUGCGGGAGGUGGUGACGGGGGUGGGGAUGAGUGGUAGGCAUGGAGGUGAUGGUGGGUGGAUCUGGCAGAAGCUGCUAGACAUGGCGGCUUGGUAGCAGCCGUGCUAGUUGCAGGGACGGGGGAAAAGAAGAAUACCCAGUGUUUUGAAUGAGUAUGGCAAGCCAGACGGCAAGCUCUUGGUGAAUGGAAUCGAGUUAGUCGAGCCGAACGUGCGAGGUCUGGGCUGUACUGGAGCACUGGGGGUGAAAGAGUGGCCGGGAGAGACUGAGUAUGAAUGGUACUGCACUUGGGGUCGUUGGGUGGCUCCGUCGUUGCAUGCCUUGCUGGCACGGGGCAGGCUGCGGGUCGCGUCGCUUGCACGGUUGGUAUGCUUGCAUGGUGGACUGCGGCGGCUGGUUGGUUGUUACCUGCUGUGACAAGUAGGUGGGGCUUUUGCAUGUGGAAGGGGUAGGAAUGUGCACAUGUGGCGUUUGUUCGAUGGGUAUUCCACUGUUGCUUGGUUCCCCGCGCAUUGUGGUGGGGCUAGACGCCAAAUACAUGUGUUGGGCUAACUGUAUGUAGGUUUACCGGCGUUUCUCAUUCCGAAUUACACCCCCUGGUUUCAUUAACACAAAUUGGUGUUGCCAGCAUACGCUGUUGCUGCUCUGAACUCCUGAACUACCGGUAUCGCCUGUACUUUAAGCUUUUGUACCAUUAUAGAGCACUGUUGAAUCCGUCUUUGUUGUUGCCAUUGUUGCUGUCUGCAUGGAGGAUCUGGGGAGAAGCUGCAAGUGUGGUUUUCGUUGGGGUGUCGGUUGCUGGUGGCUGCAGCGGAUAGGGUGCUCCACAACUGCUUCAUUAUCUGGUGUGUUGAUUGGGUGUGGGCCGCUGACGCCCUCCCUGAGGGCUCCGGAGUCCAAUUGCCUGCGUCCUUCAGUCGAGUUCACGAUUCAUCCCUUCUAACUAAAAGCCCGGAGGCUUGACUGGCAGCGUGGAGUCGUAGCUAGCAGCAUGUUCCUGAGCAAAGACCAAGGGCUACAGGGCAUGUUAGCUUUCUCAGAGCUGUAAAAAGGGUGUAGACCCCUGCUUCCCUGCUUGCCUAAAACACGGGUGUACACGUGGUCUCUGGUCGUCGACGAUAUUGUGUAUCGUAUACCGGUAUAGAGGCUGUGUUGGAGACGCUUGAAAGGAGCAACGAGACGCCUAAGGGAACACAUGCACGUGCAAAAGGGGUUCUGUUGACACAGGUGGUGAUGCUGCAUUCUGUGUUUUCCAGCACGGUACACACCCAUCACUGACCAUGCGGUGGGGUCAUGCAUAACCAGAGACGUGAGGACUACGGUAGUAGGGGUUGCAGGGGAGAGGAAAACGCGAUGGGUGCUGCAUAUGCCAAGAAGGGGGAAACCUCCUGUGUUGUCUGGGACAACAGAAUCCCCUCCCAAGUGCAAGGCGUG